AUGAAGAGCUUACUAUGGUCGUCUAAGAGUAGAAAAUCCUCAAACUCAUCCAAAUCUAGUACACAUGGAAGCUCUAAACAAGCCCAGGACUUGCCAACAUCGGCUUCACAUUCUUCAUCUCUUUCUCUAUCGGACACUCAUUCCUCUUCACAUUCAACUCAAAUGUCAGCAUCAACAUCGAAUUUGUCACAAUACAUUCAUAAACAUCAUCAUGGUCGUCAUAAUCGUAAACAUGCAUCUUCAACAUUAUCAAUAGAUAGUAUCGACGAGAAUAGUGAUAACAGUAGUAACACAAAACGCAGAAGUUCUUCAAAUACGGCACAUACAAGACGUCAUUUAAGUGUCAGUGAUAGCCAAGCCAACAUAAACAUAUACCAUGCAGAUAUACCUACAAAAUCAACAAGAAGCGUCGACUCAACAGCUAGGGAAGACGUAACAUCAAUAUUAUCUGAGACGUUAUCUAACAAUUCCAGUCGUCAUUCUUCAACUUUGAAUAUCAAUGAAGCAUUAUCUCCUUCAUCUGCAUUAAAGAAAUCAAAUCACAUAACAAAGAUAAGUUCAUCUGCAUCUGAGUUACGUUCUUCCUCUUUAUCACCAGCAAGAAGGAAUGUUAUACAAGACAUUUCGAAGACUAGUAACAGAACACCGGAUAACGUUAUUGCGACUAAUACCAACAACGCAAAUAGUAAUGAAAAUUUAAGAACCAAUAAUAAAAAUGUAGUUCAUUUGAAUACAGAAAAUUAUGAUUCAACAAUUUUUAAAGUUGGAUGGAUUAAUAGGUCACAUGGUCAAGUUUUGACUACACACAAUUUGAAGCAAGACCACACUAAUACUAAUAUGACAAAUGGAUCGUCCUCGAAUAUAACCAGUAACAAAAAUUUGAACAGACCCAACAAUAGACAAAGCAGAUUUUUUGAUGCUGAAUCCAUAAAAGAAAUUUCAAACAAUUCUAAUGAUAGUAGUAGAACAGACUUCAAUUCUAGUCGGAGAAGUAGUGUCAUGUCAGAUACGCAAAUAUUAGUUCCUGACUAUAGAAUUUAUAGAGCUCAAUUAAAAGGUUGUAUCUUAAGUCUUUACAAGAGUGGAUUGACAAAUAAUAUCAAAUAUUUUGAUCCCAAUCUACCUGACCCAACAACAAAUGAUAACUCCAAGAGUGAAACAUUUAAUGACAACAAUUCUAGCAGAUCAAAUUCUCUAUCAACAACCCGAGAGAAAAUUACGCCUGAAGCUACACAAACAGAUAAUUUAGCAUCUAUCAUGAAAACUCCUAUCGAGCUAAACUAUUUAAGUGAGAACUACCCUCAUCCAAAACUUAAAUUGGACUCCGAUAAUCACAUUAUUGGCGGAACAAUUGAAAGUAUAUGUCAUGCCAUCCUUUUUUACACUGAAAAAGCAUCACGCUCGGAUAAAACCAAUAUUCAUAAACAACAUAAUACAAUCCCUAGACAUAUCAUGAACCUAUUGUUAAUGUUACCUCUGCUGGAUCAUUUUUUAAAAUUCUUAGUUGUUUUCAAUCAAUUUGGAUUAAGUUUCACUAAACAUGAUUCUAAGCUAACCAAUAAUUCCACUCAAUUCUAUAAUAUUUCCUCAACAACAGAUGCAUUACUUACAGAAAGGUUGGCUUUAGUUGUUAAAACAAUAUUGGAUGUAUUUCCGAGUUUCCUACUAGAUGAUAAAAUCCUUCAGACUGUCAUUUCCUUAUUAGAUACUAUAUCACUCCAUAAUGAUGAAAUAUCGAAUAAAUUGAAAAUAACGCUAGCAACGAAACAUAAUGAUUUGAAUAACUUGACAUCAUUUAGUAGAUCAUCAACUGCAAGAAAUUCAAAUAAUAAACAUAACCCUUCGCAUUCUUUAACUAAACCAAGUACUAAUGCUUUACUGAGAGAUAUCUUAAAUCCAGAAAAUUUUAUAAAUCUAAACAUUAACAAUUUAGCAAAAGAGAUACAUAAUAUUAAUUUGAAAUUUGACAAAAUAUGGGCACCAAGAUGUGAUUACUCUCUAUUAUACGAUUCUAAAUAUUUAAACCAAAAGAUUAUAGCAUUGAACCCCCUGGUAUUUAACAAUGAAACAAACGUACACUUUCUCGGAAGACUAUUAAUAUCACAUUUAUUUCCAGACUCUCAUUCUAAUGUAUCUACUAGUAAUUAUAAAGAAGAUCCAAAAUUAGGCGCUAAAAUAUUAACGAAAUGGGUACAGUUAGGCUGUAGGUUCGAACAUCUUGGAGACAUGGUUUCAUGGCUAGCUGUGGCAACAAUUAUAUGCUCUAUACCAGUAUUGAGAUUGAUGUCAGCAUGGGAAUACGUCUCAGAACCAAUUCUGAAAAUAAUAUUUAAAGAUUGGGUUCCUACUAUAAUGCAACUAGAUAGAAGACAAAUGACAUCAAAAUCAACGAGUAGUGUAUUCAUUUUAGCUCCACCAAACUUAGAUGACAAUUUCGUAUGGUUAAAUGUUAUUUCUUAUUUUGGUGAUUUAAUUAUUCAUGCUGAUGAUUUACCAAACGCAACAAAAUUCAAAUAUCUAGAGAAAAAGAUUAGUCGUACAAAGAACGCGUUCCAUAAAUGGGAACAACGUUUACAUAUAGUCGACGCGAAAAAUAAAUCCUCAGCCCCAGACCAACGACUUAUAGAAGAUAUUUCGCCUAAUGUAAGCCCAAUUUAUCAAUUUUGGAAAUAUCAUUUGGCUCAACCUCCUUUAAAUAUGAAAGAUAUAAUGAAUUUGAGUUUGAAGUACGAACCUCCAAUGAUCGAUCCAAAAAUGUAUUCCUCCAUAGGAUCACAGAGAAGUUCUUUAUUAAGCGGGAGUUAUUUACCAAUAUUAUUUACAGAAUUAUUACCGAGCUAUUCUUUAUUUCCUAAGAAAUCAUUAAUUGGUGCAGCUGGCAUCUCAACAACUAAAACAAUACCACCAAGAUCCUCUGCACGUUUAUCAAGGGCAAUUACAAUUAGUGAACCACUACCUAUCAUAAGUAAUUCUCCGAAAUUAGGGGCACUAUCUACAUCUGAUGAUAAUCAAGUUACAGGUAUGAGUAAUAUUGAUGGUCCAGUAAUAAAGGAAAUGUCCUGUAAACAAUCAAACAAACAAAUGUUAAUGAAGUCAAUUAGAGAUGUCUUGAAUAUUGACAUGGAUGUGUUCCAUAUUUCUGAUGAUCUUGUAUUCAAAUCACUAUUUGAUUCAGCUGGGAAAUCAAGACCUGUAAGUAUGGUUAUUGAAACUCCUAAAAGGUUUUCUCAACAAUCACUUUCUAAUUUAACGAUGCAACAGGGAAACAAGACAGAUUCCAUUUCUACAACCGAUAGAUUAAGUAAAACUUUGGAACAUAUGGAUUUUUUCAAUAAUAUUGGUCAUGCUACUGAAACAUCUUUAAAAGAAGCAGUUAUUCAUGUCGUCUUAAAAUCAUCUUCUUUGGAUAGAAUCUUCGAUUUAUUAGUAUUAACAGUCAAUGUAUUCUCUAAGCUGGUUGAUACUAAAGAUUUAAAGAAUUACUAUUACCACGAAAAACAAAGACACGCUUCCAAUUCAUUAGAUACUUCAAAGGACUCCGAUGUAGGGCUGUUAGAUUACGCAUUCGUUAAACUUACGAUGGACAAUGAUAUAUUUACAGAGACAUUCUUUAAUACCUAUAAAGGUUUUACCACUACAACUUCUGUUUUGGAAAACCUGGCAAAGAGAUUUAUCGGUGCUACAAGUUGUGCGUCUUCUAUAUCAAAAAUCAUGAAUACUGAUGGAGCCAAUGAAGCUGACAAUACUAUAGAACAGAACGCCACCUUUCCUGCUUGGGAUUUAAAAGUGGAUGAUCAAAGUGAUAUAAAUCCUAUACACAUACUAAAAAUUCAGAUAGGUGCUGCAGAAGCUCUCUUCCAUUUAAUAAAAAACCAUUAUGUUGAUUUCACAGAUAGUUUGUCUAAUAAUGUGACAUUUCUCGAUAUUCUUAAAAUAAUGGAAAAGGAAGUUACUGUAGAGUGGCCUCAAAAAAUUGAAAAAUACAGAAGUGAGAAGAAUAUAUCGUCAGUCCAAAUCAACGAAUUGGAAGGUCUUUUUACGACGUUGAAUGAAACAUUUAAUAAUAUUAAGGCUUCUUAUCAAAAACAGCUUUACAAGCCUAUUGGUGUUAAUAAACUUCAGAGGAAAACUAUUGAAAUAUUGGAAAAAUUCCAAAACAAGACGCUAUCUGAUUUCGAAAGAAACUUGAAUAAUCGGGAAUUCAAUGACGAUCCAAUGGUUGGGGGCUUUGAGAAAUUAUCGUACGAUAAUUAUGAAGGCAUUAUAGAAUGGGUUUCAAAGGUUGAAAAGGUAAUAAUAGAGCAUAUGAGACUUAUAUCGAAACAUGAAUGGUUUAUUGUUUUCCAACAAUUAGAAUUACUAUCGAAUGAAUCUUUGAUUUCCUUUUUCUCUUACCCUUUACAUGUUUCUUCCAGUAACCUUAUGACAAGCGGUACUUUCAACGACUUGGAGGUAUUAAAUAUAUUUACAUGGUUAUCCACAUUAACACACCAAACGACGGCUGAUGUUGAUAAUGAGAAUGAAGAUGAGUUGUUCAUCAAAAAACUACCGAAGUCAAUCCAGCUUCUUUUGAAAUUACAUUCGGGUCUUGUAUCAUUUUUUGGCGUACAUUUGGAAAAUACAAAUAUUUCUGUACAAAGACGCCAAGACAUAUGUGCAACGAUAUUACAAAUUCUAAACUAUGUUCGUUGGAAAAACAGCUGUUUGGAUCUAUUUGAUUCGGCAAAUUCUAAUGGCUCUGAGUCACUCUGUCCACAUAUUCCAUCUUUCCUGGAAACAGCUAUCGCUAACUGUAUGAUAUCACCUAAGUCAAGAUAUCAUGAAACGUCGUGGAUGCAUGCUGCUAUGAAAUUGAGCCGUCCAGAUUCAUCCAUGGACUCAGUACAUUCUAUUUCUACUAUUCUAGCCGAUAUUAUUGAUCCUGUGCAUAUUAAGUCCUUCAAUGAAUACGAUAACGUUUAUACCAGUAAAUGUAAAAAUUUGACCCCAUGUCCUGGUUGGUUUAUUUCAAGAUUGUUGGAGAUCUCUCAGUUUGUCCCAAAUAUGAGUAUUAAUAACUCCAAGUUGAUAAAUUUUGAUAAGAGGAGAUUUGUUAAUAAUAUCAUUGCUAAUAUGACUAGUUUAAUUCCUGAUAUUACCACUACAGUUGCUGCUGAAGAAGAUCAUGACAAAUUUGGACGUUGUUUGUUUUUCCAAUUCUCAGAUCCUAAUAAUGCGUUCAAGAAACGUGUUAAGACGGUAGCAUCAAAUGAAAGCAAGAUGUUGAAAAGUAGUUUAAAUGAUCACAGUAUAUUUAAAGAAAUUAUAUUUACAGAGGUCGAAAAAGUGAAACGUGAACAAAGGAAAAUGGAACUUUUAUGCAUUCAAGAACGUGAUACCAAGCAUUCUGCUAUUUUACAACAAGUUAUCAACAGGAAAAAUAGAGAUUCGAUAAUAAUACCAAGCCUCUCUUCAUCUUCUACUUCUAGUGGGACAUCUUCUAUGAACUCAUCGUCUAGUAGUUCAUUGAACGCAUCUAAUAAUAGAAACAAGAGAAGUUCCGUCGUAUCAGUGAAUCCAAGGAAUUCUGUAGUCUCACAUCAGAGCCAUAAUGGCGUUGGUAAGAAAAUUGGUGGAUUCUUUAGAAGACCCUUCUCGAUUGGUGGUUUUAAUACUUCAAAUUCCAAUUAUUCAUUAAAUGGUAUAUUACAGCAAGAAAUUCAAAGUAAUAAAUCCAUUGCACCAUCUUUGUUACCUGUUAUUGAUCCAUCAUCUUUACAAGAAACGAAACCAGUGUUAAACAUUAAAACUUUUGAAAUCAAAUCGAUUGUGGAAAUAAUUAACCAUCGUCAAAUUCCAAGUUAUUAUUAUUCAUUUAAGAUAAUAAUGCAAGAUGGUACUGAAUAUACUAUUCAAAGUACGAAUAAUAUAGAAACUGUUGAAUGGAUUAAAAUGAUAAGGGCAUCAAAGAGAUAUUCUUUCCAUUCCAAAAAAUUCAAAGGAAAGACCCAUAAUAAAGUAUUCGGUGUUCCCUUGGAAGAUGUUUGUGAACGUGAAGGUACUAUUAUACCAACGAUCAUCGUUAAACUUUUAGAAGAGAUAGAAUUGCGUGGGUUGGAUGAGGUUGGGUUAUACAGAAUUCCUGGGUCUGUUGGUAGUAUUAAUGCAUUGAAGAAUGCCUUUGAUGAAGAAGGUGCAGUUAAUAAUAGUUUUACUUUAGAAGAUGACAGAUGGUUUGAAGUUAAUGCCAUUGCAGGUUGUUUCAAGAUGUACUUGAGAGAGUUACCGGAUUCAUUAUUUUCUAAUGAGAAAGUGCAUGAUUUUACGAGAUUGGCAAUGAGAUACAAAUCUUCUGAAAUUCCAUUAGAUCAAUAUAAGCAUGAAAUGACUACAAUGUUGAACAUGUUGCCUGUAUGUUAUUAUCAAACUAUGAAGCGUAUUGUCAUGCAUUUGAAUAAAGUUCAUCAACAUGUUAAUAAUAAUAGAAUGGAUGCAUCAAAUUUGGCAAUUGUUUUUUCUAUGAGUUUUAUUGAUCAAGAUGAUUUGGCUAAUAGUAUGGGAUCUACAUUAGGUGCUAUUCAAACAAUUCUACAGCAUUUCAUCAGAUCACCUAACGAUUUUUUCACUUGA